CCCGCUCCAUCGCCUCCGCACAUCAAUCAUGGUUGUCUACUACCAGAUUGCCGGCCGCAAGGUCGGCUCGCACGUCCUCGCCAUGGGCAUCCUCGGCUCCGUCAUCGGUGGCAUCAGCCUCGCGACCGGCGGCAGCAAGAAGAAGGAGCUGCAGGCCACGCCGCCGCUGAACGCCUCGAGCAAGGAUGAGGAGAACUUUAUAACCGACUUCCUCAAAGAAGCAGACAAGAAGCAGUAGCGGCGCCGAGGGCGCGCGCAGAACAAACGAUCGGCACGCACGCACGUACGAGGGAGCAGACGAUGUAUGUCGGAUAUCCCGGCUGGGAUGCGCUGUAUGCAAUGCAGGGCUCUGUAAAGCACGAGAUGAAGGAGCGGCUUGAUGCAAUGUAGGCAGACGCGGUGCCAGCGUGCCGCGGGCGCUGGGCUGCUUUGGUCUGGCUGCUCUGUAUAUAGCUACUGCUGCUAAUGCAUCUGUCUUUGCUGA